AUGGAGCCGAGCGGCCCGGGCCCGGAGGCCGGCGGGGAGGGCGCGGCGGGCGACCCGUACCGCCGCCCCGCGCGGCGCACGCAGUGGCUGCUGAGCGCCCUGGCGCACCACUACGGGCUGGACCGCGGCGUGGAGAACGAGAUCGUGGUGCUCGCCACCGGCCUGGACCAGUACCUGCAGGAGGUCUUCCACCACCUGGACUGCCGCGGCGCCGGCCGCCUGCCCCGCGCCGACUUCCGCGCUCUCUGCGCCGUGCUGGGGCUGCGCGCCGACGGGGCCGCCGCCGCCGGGGAGCCCUCCGGGGAUGCGGCCGCCCGAGACACGAACCACGCGGAGGCGACCGCCGGGGACGCGGCCGGCGCCGGGGACGAGGACGCCGCCGAGGAGGCGCGCCUGGCGCUGCGCGCGGAGCCGCCCGAGCUCACCUUCCGCCAGUUCCACGCGCGCCUCUGCGGCUACUUCGGGACCCGCGAGGGCCCCCGGCUGCCCCGCGGCGCGCUCAGCGAGCACAUCGAGACGCAGAUCCGCCUGCGCCGCCCGCGCCGCCGCCGCCGGCCGCCCCGCACGCCCGGCCCGGAUGGCGGCCCCGACGGCGGCCCCGACGGCGGGCGGGACGGCGAGCGCGUGGCGCGGCUGGAGGAGGAGAACAGCAGCCUGCGCGAGCUGGUGGAGGACCUGCGUGCCGCGCUGCAGAGCAGUGACGCGCGCUGCCUAGCGCUGCAGGUCGGCCUCUGGAAGAGCCAGGCGGGCGCGCUGGAGGCGGGGCGCGGCGGGCCCGAGGCGGCGGCGCGGGAGCUGCGGCAGGCGCGGGGCGCCCUGGCGGUGGCCGAGGCCCGCGCGCGAAGGCUGCGGCAGGGCCAGGCCGAGGUGCGGCGGCGCGCGGAGGAGGCCCGGGAGGCGGUGCGGCGCAGCUUGGGCCGCGUGCGCGAGCUCGAGGUGCUGGCGCGACAGGUGCCGGGCCUGCAGCGCUGGGUGCGGCGGCUGGAGGGCGAGCUGCGGCGAUACAGGUCAGAGGACACCCAGCUCCCAAUCUCAUCCCAAGCCAGCCCAGAGCCAGAAGCCAAGAGUGGUGAACCUGAGGACAAUGGGACCAGAAGCCCAGACACCCCUCCAGAGGGAGCCUGGCAGUCAGACAGCAGUUCUGGGAGCAGACCCCUAGACGAAGCAACAGACGGGCAGCUGUUCCGCUCGGUGGAGGGCCAGGCCGCCUCUGAUGAAGAAGAGGAGGGUGAGGAGAAGUGGCAGAAAGAGUGGAGGUCACUGGCAGAGGUCACGAACCUGCUGGCCGGGCUCUCCAGCUGCAAGAGUGGGUGUGAUGAACAGACAGCCAAGAAGCUCAUGACUUACUUCCACUUUGACGGUGGUGACCACAUCUGCACCCCAGGACAGCUAGAGGCCCGCAUCGCCAUGCUGGUGGAGCACCUGGGGACCCAGGGCUGCAGUGGGAAGGCCCUAGGGACACCUGGGGACAAGGCAGAGCUGCAGCAAAAGGUGGAAGAGAAUGAGCAUCUGAGGCUGGAGCUGCAGAUGGUGGAGACAGAGAGGGUGCGACUGUCCCUGCUGGAGGAGAAGCUGGUAGACGUGCUGCAGCUCCUGCAGAGGCUCCGAGACCUGAACAUAUCAAAAAGAGCCCUGGGGAAGAUCUUGCUGAACACGCUGGAUGCUUGCAAGGACCCUACACACGAGGGGAGAUCUGGACCCUCGGCCAUUCUGGAUGCCCUGCACCAAGCUUUGGCUGGCUGUGAGCUCCUGCAGAGAGAGCUCCCGGCACCAGCCUCCACAACUCCUGCCCUCACCAAUCCCCUCCUCAUCUCCUGCUGAGGUCACUGACUCAGCCUAAGGGUAUCUUGGUCAGCCUGACCUCCACCAAAUGAGCCUACAGGAUCAGUCUGACCACCGUCACAUCCUCAGAACCCUGAAGAACCUGGCUCCUUCUGAGACUGGGCUCAACCACAGAGCCUCCCAACAACAGAGCCUGGCAGACAUCCUUUCCUUGGAUUCCUCCCAAGUCCCUUUACAGCCCCUGCAUUUCUGCUGCCAGAGUUCACAUUGAAGCCCUGGGGCUGCUUGAUCAGCCCAUACCUGCUGUUGCCCCCCCCUGCCCACUUUCUCACACAGCCCAGCCCAGAAUCCCUUCCUUGGUCUCCUGGGAUCUUUUCCCCUCCCAGCACUGUCCCCUUCCUCUCACUGGUGUGCCUGAUACAGGCACACUGUGCCCAACCUCCAGGCCACACUUGGCAUACUAGGGGAUUCCCACGCCCCCAGAAGUGUUAAAGACCAGGUAGGGCUCAGGGAACACAAAGUGGGGGUGAUUACUGCAGGCUUCUAGGUGGAGGCUGUCCUUGAACUAGCUCUAGAAAAGAGAAUUUAGAUACAAAGAAGAUUUAAUGUGAGGGAACAGCAAGAGCAAAAUGUGGUGCCAGAAAAGGUCCCCAUUAGUACAGUACUUAGGACACCUCUUUUCCAAGCAUAUAGUGGGUACUGGAUUUCACAGGGUCACAGGAAGGGCUAAGACAAGCUGCUGGUCUCACCUACCUUAGCAUCUUGGAGGAGAGAAAGAUACAUUGGCAAAUAAUAUGACAUGGGUGAAAUCGGUGCUAAAUCGAUGUAAUAUAUUUGUGAGAGUCCAGCCAAGAGGGUUUCAUCUGAGCCAAGGAGAGCACGUGCACCACAGAGGGGAACUGCAGGGCGGAGGGCAGGUGCCUGGAGGAACAGUAGCAGGUCAUGGAGGACUUGAUGGCAGAUGAGGAUCUGGGACUUGCUCCCACAGACAAUCGGGAACCAUAGGAGGAUUCUGAGGUGGAUAGAGGGAAGAAGAGGCAGCUGCAGGAUUGUAGGAGGAAGGGGUAGUAGCAGCCUGGAGCCAGAGCUACGGGGACACAGAAGGGGAUCAUGGUCAUGGAAGGAGGACCAAGGGGUAUCCCGGUUGGGAGCCUGGGAACAGCAGGCACCCCAGGGCAGGGCAGCAGGGACUAGGGACAGACAAUACCUGACCUCCUGUCUGGACUCAGACACUCAGCAACUUGGAUUGGGCACAGGAGGCAUCAAGGAGCCACUGCAGCCUCCUAGGGAGAGUGACACAGGCCCAUUCCCAGUUUCCCUAUGGUUCCUCUGGGAAUGGAAUGAAAGAGACCAAGGCCAGUGGCCAUUCCAGAGGGGCCACCCCACCCCUGGUCCUAUCAGAUGGGCCAGUCUUUUUUGAGAAAGUCCCCAGGAUACCUCAUGGGCCAUUGGGAAGGGCUGGGCACUGAGGAGGGUGGUCUGAGCAGAGAGGGCUGCCCCCAGCUUGCUCCUCUCAGCUCAGCCUGAGCCCACAGCCCUCCUCCUCCUGGCUGUGCUAAUAACUGCAUGACCCAGGUGAGCCCCACCUGUGCCCCUGACCAGUAAGAAAGCUCAACUUUCCAUAUCCUGCCCAUGGUGGCAUUCACAGAAAUCUACACGUAUGUUAAGAUUCAUAGACAUUCGGGGCACACGAGUGGCUCAGUUGGUUGAGUGUUCAACACUCUGACUCUUGAUUUCAGCUCAGGUCAUGAUUUCAGGGUCAUGGGAUGGAGCCCUCACACUGGGCUCCACGCUCAGCAGGGAGUCUGCUUGAGAUUCUCUCUCCCUCUGCUCCUCCCCACUCCCCUUUCUGAAAUAAAUAAUCUUUUAAAAAAAUUUAUAAAAAUAGAAAAAGAUUCAUAGACCUGGAAGCUCCCCUCAAAAAAAAAAAAAAAAACUGAACUUCACUGUAUGUUAACAAAAAAUAAGAGGGACCAGAAGAGAUAUUCCUGGAGUGCCUCCAGGCUCUAGGGACCUGGAAUCUGCAGACAGAGGCAGAGGGCUCUUUGUGGGUUACAACUACACUAAGCUUCAUCCUCAAGAUUUCCCUAAUUAAAAUCUCUUACAACUGCCCAACCAUCAGUGGUUCAUCACACUUGUAUGUCCCUAAUCUCAUUGGAAGCAAGUUGAGCUAGAUUCAGAUAUAGAAAUACCCAGAAUCACACAGCAAAUCAGCAUCCAAGCCUG